CGGGUUCGGCGAAGUUAUUCUUUGAAUUUGAUUUUAAUCGUCCGUUUCCUUCUUGAAGCCAUCUUCCAGAACCUAGAGGAAUUGGGGCGUGCCGAUAUCGCUUGUUCAUGUACAAUGCAUAAAAUGUUUAAAUUAAAUUCGUCCAUAACGUGACCCACAAUCUGUAUUACAAUACAUACAUAUAUGCCAACUCGAUUCGUAAUUCGCGUCGAUUUCCGGUACGUCUAAAGCUUCAAUGAUCCGUGGAAUCAAUCUUAUUCUGUUACCGAGUACAGUUUUUCCAAUGGUAAGCAACCGAUUUCGCGUCCAGACUAAUCAAAAACGCGAUAUGAUGGAUAUCGGUUCUUAUCUAAAUUCGGGACGCUUAUUUAUACGACUGGGUUGAUUCGAGUUUCUUUAAAAAUUCCUCAAUUGGUCAAAGUUUACGGUAUCAUUCGCAAAUGUACGGUACUAUUAGGUCCUCGCUUUGGCGCAACGCGUUCACCACAGCCGGAUCGUGCGGACAACGGAAAUGAAUAUGGAUUAAAAAUCGACGAAACGAUUUUUGAAAAAUUGCACGUAAUCCAAAAUUACACACCGCCCUCGCACGCGACAGGGAGGGGGCGCGGACAUUUUAGCGUUAUUGUUCGAAUUGUGUUCUCUGCGUUACGCGUUCAUGUUCAAAACUAAGAAUGGACUGAAACGAUGGAAGGGGUUCCAGGUAAAUACAGGUCAUUCGAGACGCGGUGUGGAGCGGUUAAAUUAUAUACUAAAAAAUUAAUGUUGUACUUGCAGGUUCGAUGAAAUAGACGGCGGCCCCCGUGGCACGGGCGUAUGAUAACACGGUCGAAUAAUAAGGAAUAGGAAGGAACAGAGAAGCGAGCGGGUACCGAGCAGAGGAGACAGGGUUGGAUACGCACGCAUGGGUUUGCAGCGCGUUUCGUUUGGGGUCUGAGUCUGAGUCGCUGGCUCGCUUUUACAAACACGUUCCGCAGCAGUCAACUGCAUGCAGUCAACUUUGCGCCUCGUUCGACUCGGGUCACUCGGUCUCUCUACCGACUUCCUGGAAAGAGUCGAAGAGAAAUUUUUUCGAAAACUUGGUCAAUUUGAAUAAUACGGGAAGGAAAGUUCUUAUCCUCGACUCCCUUCGAAAAAAUUCAUCGAGUGAAUACGAAGAAUAAAUAUCAUUUUGCCGCGCGAGUUUGUACCCUUUAGCAAUUCAAACGGUAUCGUAGCUAUUCAAAGUGAUACGAAUGAAACGAAUGUGAAUACGGAGUAAUAAAUAUUGAUUUAAUUUUCAUAUACACUUGUAAAAUUUAUUUCGAAAGAAGUGAGUGACAAUAAACCGAUCGUCUGGCAUAACACGCGCCACUGACAUACGGCGAGGUGGAAUUAUCGAGCGAAUUAUAGGUAUACUCGGGGAAGGCAACAGGUGGUAUCGUCGGAAGUCGGAAGUACGUCGAUUCGGUAUCGCAACAACAGCUCUUUGAGUAAAUGGAAAGCCACAAUCCCGUUCUGUUAUUUUGCGUCAGGCUCAACGUGCGACUAUACGUCAGUGUUGUCGCUAUGAUGUGACGAAAAACUGUUGUAUAAAUUGUACCGUAACGAAGUUUCGCAGUGAGACGAUAAAUAAACCGUUGAUAUCGUACGUCGUGACUAAAUCUAUUCGAAAUGAACAUCGGAACCGGAAGCGGGUUGGCCAUAGCAAUCCUGCAGUGGAUAACGGCAUUUGGAGUUUUUGGAGCAGAGCAAAGAUUCGAGGAGACGCCCGCUUUGUAUCAGGAAGUUUCGUCCGGGGAUGACGUCCGCUUAAGGUGUAGAGUGAAGGACAAGAGGGGGCAAUGUAUAUGGCAGAAGGACCGGAAACCGGUGGGCAUUCAUCCGGACAAAUACGAGUGGGCCGGUAAUCGGGAGGGGGACUGUUCCCUUCUAAUAAGAAGAGCCUCCCUGGACUUUGACGACGGCCUCUGGGAGUGCCAGGUCACCCCCGGGGACUUCGCCCGCCAAGACGCUCUCACCUCUCUUCCAUCACGGCUAUUAGUCAGAGUAAGCCCUCGAAAACCACGUUUGGAACUCGGAGGAGCUAUAUUGGGGUCCAGUCUGAUCCUGAGGGAGGGUCAAGAGGCGACGUUGUCCUGCGUAUCGAGAUAUGGAAAUCCACCGGCCCUCAUAAAAUGGUUCAUAGGAGGGAACGAAGUCGUUCCACUGAGAGAACAAACGAAUGCCACGGAAGUGGACAACCCGAGAACCUGGGCAGCGCAUAGCCUUCUUCGGGUACGAGGCGAAAGAUCAAAUCACGGUCUUCCCGUCAGAUGCCUAAGCAUUCAUCCUGCGAGUGUCGUACCUUCAGUUGCGGAAUCAAAACUCGAUGUUCACUAUGCACCGGAAGUGAAGCUGGAGACGACUCCCAGGUCCCUGGCAGCUGCGCUAGAGGAUUCCGAGAGUUUUUUAACUUUGAGAUGUCUCGUGGACGCCAAUCCACCCGCUGUUGUAAAAUGGUACAAGGAUUCCGACCCAGUUAUAGGCCUGGUAGACUCGGUCUUUCUCAGGGAAAAUUUAACAAACUCCAGCCAGCCAGGAUUCGUCGGUUCAGAGCUCCGAUUCGAACCAGUAAAACGCACCGACGAAGGUCUCUACUCCUGUAAAGCAACGAACACUAUCGGGGAAAGUUCACCUGCUCACUAUCGCUUCGAUGUUCAAUAUGGACCGAGACCUGCGUCGGUGAGCGACCGUCGUUUAGACGGGGCAUCGGCGAAACAGGAAGAGGCCGUAGUAGCUCUUUUGGGAUCUACCUUGGAUACUUUUGAAUGUGGUGCCUUCGAUGCGAACCCUUCGCCGAAGUACAGGUGGGUUCAUCUCCGCGGAGGUACGAAUACCGAGAUGAUAACGAAUCCGAUCGGGGGUGGAGAAGAUGGACGACGACUAAGACUGAAAAAUGUCCAGUGGUCAGACGAGGGGGAGUACAGAUGCGUUGCCUACAACGUGAUCAACGGAGUACGGAGAGAACACGCUAGCGAUGCGAGAUAUAUUUUACACGUAACGGGGCCACCAGAAAUUCAAACCGGGCCAUCGUCGCCUGGCGAUAAUGGGGAGGGAGCUGAUUUCCGGUCGACCGGUUGGAUCGGCGAACCUGUUCACAGACUGAGGUCCAGAUUCUGCUCGAGACCUCCCCCUAGAUUGGUCGCAUGGCAGUGGGGAAGUUCGCACAUUAGAGCAGGAGAGAGCAUUCAACCCAAGUACGAGGCGCUUCCUUUGGAGCCGAUUAUCGAGAACAAGAUGGUAACGAAUUGCUACUGGGCGAAACUUGAGAUAAAAGAUUUGCAGAAAGAAGAUGCGCGAGUUUACACGCUGCUCGUUGAGAGUGAGAAGGGUAGGGAUUCAACGAAUGUUCGUUUAAUUGUGAGAGAUCCCACGGAGAUGCGUUUGAUAGCAGCUGCCGCUGCAGUCGGGACUCUCUUUCUUCUUGGUCUAUUUGCUAUCUGCCUCUACGCCGCACUUAGAUCUAAACGAUCCGACUACAGCCAGGAAGUUGAAGAAGGAAGCAUCGCGGCAGAUGCUUUUUAUAGCCCUACCUCCACCGUCGAUCGGCCAAGGAACUCCGAUCAAUCGCAAAUUCAGAGUCAGAAUCAGAGUAAAUCUUACUCGCACAAUAAGACCGAAGAUCAGGAGAGCCCUCUCGCCGUAUUGUACGGAUACGAUCACUUGACGAAGCAAGCAGCCAUGACCAGAUCCCCAAUGAGUCCGGAAGCUUUGAAAGUCCGAAGAACUCCUAUGGUUCUGCAGGCUCCAACGAUAGUUUGAUUUAUCAAUUAAAAUAACACUCGAUUCGUUUGUCAAAUAUUCUAUAACUACAACCUUGGACGUACUGAAAAAUUUUUAUAGAUGAAAAAGCGGUAACUAAUAACCGACUUAUGCUAUAGAGAUAAGAAGAGAAAUUAUUUUUUUAGAAGACUCGGAAACGUUAUGUUGCCAAUUAAUCUCAUCACCCUUAUACUCUCGUUUAAAUUACCAUUGAUCAAUUUACAUUAAAUUAUCGUAAGUUACUGUCACCAUCAAAUAGGCUUAGUCUUAAUAUUACUAAUUGUUUUCAAAUAUUUAAUUGUUUUGAUUAUUGUAUAAUGUUGCAUAAUAUGUAUCGUGAAUACAUCACAUUACCAA